UAUAUAUAGGCCCCUCCCCCUUCUACAUUUUCUUCACUCAACUGCCUCGGAUUUCAUUUCCCCUCACAGCUCUUCCUUUUUUGUUUGAAGAUUCAAUCCACACGAUAAUGUCUCUCACUGGGUUUUUCCUGGUGGGUUUUCUUGCAUUGGUCUCGUCUGUUCAUGGGUAUGAUGGAGGGUGGACCGAUGCUCAUGCCACCUUCUAUGGAGGGGGUGAUGCUUCUGGGACAAUGGGUGGAGCCUGUGGGUAUGGAAACCUGUAUAGCCAAGGUUAUGGCACAAACACUGCAGCUCUGAGCACAGCUCUGUUCAACAAUGGCUUGAGCUGUGGGUCUUGCUAUGAGAUCAAGUGUGUGAAUGAUCCCAAAUGGUGCCUGCCUGGCUCCAUCUUGGUUACAGCCACCAACUACUGCCCACCAAACAAUGCCCUUCCCAAUAAUGCAGGAGGUUGGUGUAACCCUCCCCAGCAGCACUUCGAUCUUUCUCAGCCAGUCUUCCAGCACAUUGCCCAAUACAGAGCUGGAAUUGUGCCUGUGUCUUUCAGAAGGGUGCCCUGUAAGAGGAGUGGAGGCAUAAGGUUCACCAUCAAUGGCCACUCCUACUUCAAUCUAGUCCUGAUCACAAACGUCGGUGGUGCCGGAGACGUCCACUCGGUGGCCAUAAAAGGGUCGAGAACUGAGUGGCAGGCAAUGUCAAGGAACUGGGGACAGAACUGGCAGAGCAACUCUUAUCUCAAUGGACAAAGCCUCUCCUUCAAGGUCACCACCAGUGACGGCCGCACUGUUGUCUCCAACAACGUGGCUCCUGCUGGUUGGUCCUUUGGUCAGACCUACAGCGGUGCUCAAUUCCGUUAGGUCACAUGCAUCCCAUGUGCCUCUGCCCUGGCUUUCCUCUCCAUUUUAUCCAUACUUUUGCUAGGAUUGUGAUAUCUUUACAUUUUAAUAUAUAUAUAUUAUAUAUAUAUCGAAAGCACCGAAUAUAUAUAAUAUCAUAUAUAUAUAUAUAUAGAUUUAGUAUACUUUGUGUAUUGGGGAAGGGGUCAAUCUUUUGACUUCCUGGGGUGUGAAAUGAGAAGGGCUUAUUUUAAAAUGGCUCUUCAUCAUUAUAAUGGUGGGUUAUAUUGUAUUGUUGUAGGGUACCCUAUAUUAUUUGGGACCCUCUUUGUUCUUCCGAGUCUUUUUUUUUUUUUUUUUUUGAACUUCUGUUGUGAAAGCAGAAGUUGGCAGAGGUGGACGACUCUUACCACCCGCCACUAGUAUUUGAAUACUUUUUUGAAAUAUUUUAGGGAUUAUUUUUUGCCCUUAUUGUUAAGGUCAUUGUAAUCGGCUUGAGCUGACUGUGUGUCCUUGGUUAGUGUGUUUUGAGCCGUAUUGGGAGAUUAUUUAAGUGUAUAUUUCCAAGUUUCCAGUAGUAAUGAGAAACGGUGCUCAUUUAUAUAAAUUCUCUAUUUCUCA